GCCCCCAGGACCUCUCUGAGCCUAGGACGCUGCUGAGCGCUGGGCUGUGCUUGCUGCCCGCGAGCCCGGGAUGCCAAAGCCAGGCUGAGACUUAUCCGCCCCCGCCGGUCCGGUCCCUUGGAGGAAGGUGAACCUGAGGUCACGGCUGGACCCGAGCCUGAAGUCCCCGUGCCGCGCAUGGAUGUGUCCGCUGACCCGGCCGUUGGGGGACCAGGAGGUGAUGGCCCAGAAGAAAGAUCAAGAGAUACACCAAGGCGGCUCUCCAGGGAUCAAAUUUUUAUACUGAUCUCAGCAGCUUCCAUGAACUUGGGCUCCAUGAUGGCGUAUUCUAUCCUCGGACCUUUUUUCCCCAAGGAGGCUGAAGACAAAGGAGCCAGCAAUACUAUGAUUGGCAUGAUCUUUGGGUGCUAUGCUUUGUUUGAGUUUUUGGCAUCUUUGGUAUUUGGAAAAUAUCUUGUACAUAUUGGAGCAAAAUUUAUGUUCAUAGCAGGAAUGUUUAUCUCGGGAGGAGUCACAAUUAUCUUUGGUGUCAUGGACCAACUCCCGGAUGGACCAAUAUUUAUUGCCAUGUGCUUUCUAGUGAGGGUAAUCGAUGCGAUAGGCUUUGGAGCAGCAACAACUGCGUCAUCUUCGAUCCUCACAAAGGCUUUCCCGAAUAACGUGGCAACAGUGCUGGGCAGUCUUGAGGUUUUUACCGGCCUGGGGCUCGUGGUGGGCCCUCCUUUAGGCGGCCUCUUGUAUCAGUCCUUCGGCUAUGAGGUGCCGUUUAUUUCCCUGGGAUGCAUAGUUCUGCUGAUUGUACUGCUCAACAUAUGUUUCUUACCCAGCUAUGAGUCGGAUCCAAGCGAACUCUCGUUCUGGAAGCUCGCCACGCUGCCCAAGGUCGGCCUGAUCGCCUUCGUCCUCAUCUCCGUGAGCUCCUGCUUCGGCUUCCUCGAUCCUAUUCUGUCUCUCUUCGUCUUGAGCAAGUUUAACUUGCCAGCUGGCUACGUGGGGCUGGUCUUCCUGGGGCUGGCGCUGUCCUACACCAUUUCCUCACCACUCUUUGGACUACUUAGCGACAAAAUGCCACACCUGAGGAAGUGGCUCCUGGUUUUUGGCAACUUAAUCACAGCAGCAUGCUUCAUGCUCUUAGGGCCUGCCCCGAUCUUACACAUUAAAAGUCAGCUGUGGCUGCUGGUGCUGAUCCUGGUGGUCAAUGGCGUCUCUGCUGGGAUGUGUAUAAUCCCCACUUUCCCCGAGGUUCUCAGCUGCGCGUAUGAAAAUGGGUUUGAAGAGGGAUUAAGUACCCUGGGGCUUGUGUCGGGUCUCACGAGUGCCAUGUGGUCGGUUGGUGCUUUCCUCGGACCGAUGCUCGGUGGAUUUCUGUAUGAGAAACUUGGUUUUGAGUGGGCAGCUGCUAUACAAGGCUUGUGGCCCUUGAUUAGUGGAUUAGCGAUGGGCUUGUUUUACCUCCUGGAAGACUCCAGAAGAAGAUCAAAGCCUCAGAGCACUGUGGGCACAGAGGAGGAACAAGCUGCUCUCCUGGUAGAGGAGACUUAGCCUGCGGGCUCGGCCCAACCAACCGGCGGCCGGAGGACCGGCACCCUGGCUGCGCACAUCACUGCCGGAAGGAUUCUUCUGUGUCCUUAGUUUUGCACACAGAACUCUGAGGGCUUCACACUCCCACCCUGGAAGCGUGGGCAUAACUGUGGAUGAUCACAGUAAGCAGAUUGGGCUUACUGUCGUCCUGAUGAGCCGGCCAACUGCACCAGUCGUGCUUGCAGCAUUCGAUAUGGGAAAGUUAGUUGAAAAGCAGUAGAAGUUCAUGGGGUUUUGGUUUUGUUUCGCAUUGUCUUUGAGGCAGGGUCUCACUUUGGACUUCAGGCUGGCCUCAAGCUCAAGGCGAUGCUCCUGCCUCAGCCUCCCAAGUGCAGCCACGCCCUGCAAAGUUUGUGUUUUUUUAAGAGACCAAACUUUUCUUAAAGAUAUUGCUGAUUCUUUCAAGGCUUCUUGUUACCUCUGUUUACUUUUUAUUGUAAGUUUACUGAUUUUAUGGAUAUACCUUUUUAUUAACAAAGAAAAAAUAAAUUACACUGUUAUGUACCAAUUACAUAAAGAUGACUUAAAAUACGCAGUUACUUAAAAUCUGCAUUGAAAGAUAUGCUUUCUCUUGUGUUCUGAGAUUUGGGGCCUGGUGCAAAGGCAGAAUUCCUUCAGUUUUACUGAAAGAAUUUUAUGUGUGAAAAGUAUAAGAAAUAAAAAUAAAGCUACUAUUUUUAUGAUCUAUUUUCAAUUAUGAUCUUGCUUUGUGAACAUUACUAGGUUUAACAUUACUCGCCUCCUGCGGUGUCUGCCUGCUCCUGCCCUGCCAUCGCUGCGGUGUGUGGCGCUGCUUCUACUCCUGGCGGGUGUGCUCUGCGUCCUGCAGGCCAGCGCCCAGUUCCUAGCCAGCCGUGACUGUCAGUUGUGCUUGAGGGAGCGGCUCCCUGCCACCCCGCAGGAAGCUGCUGCUCGAAGUGAGACUGUGUCAGGUCACCAUCUUACACUUCCAUGGUGGUACGGCUUAUUUAUCUUUUCAUGUUUUUGAGAAUGAAAGCUUUUAUGUAUUGAUUCAAAACUGCCUGGAUUAAAACACCUGCUUAGGCAGAUGCAGGGACUGCAGUUCAAUCCCUGGCAUGC